AUGGCGAGUGGCCCUGCGACUGGGCUCCAAGAGCCUUCUCAGGCCAACGGAUCUCGCGACGGGCAGGUGCUUGGCGGCGAGUUGCCCGACAUCGAGGACCUUCUCUCGUGCCCCGAGAUGCCUGCGGCGCCCGUCAACAGGUGCCUUGGCAACGGCAGGGCGCAGUUCCAGCCUGCCGUCGCCCAGCCCCUGUCGUUCCCCAUGGGCCCCCUCGCCCAGCCCGUCAAGUUGGAGCAAACGAUCGGCGACGUAAAGGUGGAGGGGGCCCUUCCCGAGAACUCUGAGCACCCUGAGGCCGACGCGCAGGCGAAGGAACUGCAGAUGGUCUGCACGUCUUUCUACACCAAGACCUGCGAGAUGAUGAAGUACACGCGCGUUAAGCCGCCGUUCCCGCCAGAGGACGAGAGCAUGGCACAGCCAGUUCAGGUCGAAGACGGCGACUCUGUGUUGGAGUUCACUAAGAAGAAGGGCGUCAAUGUAUAUUCAUUGGCGCAGAAGUGGCCGACGUCGUCAACGUUGGCGCCAGUGGCCAAGAUCAGGCAGACCAUCAACGGGUACUUGGAUGAGACGGCCAACCCGAAGUGGUACGAGGAGUUCGUGCUCGGCACCCUUCACGCCUUGCACAGGCGCCUGACGAAGCAUAAAGAUAAAAUCGAGGGCAAAGUCCAAUUCGACAUCCAGGUGGCGUACCACCAGUUGGACAACCGCGUCUCCUCUUUGAUCUCCCUCCACAAGUCUGUGAAAGCAUGGCUUGAUGCCCAAGUAAACAAACUCUUACAGGAGACCCUCGAACCGUUUUCCGUCGUGAUUGCCUACAUGAUGCACACUGGCAGGCGCAUGUCAGAGGAGCUCAACAUCGUCAUGCUAUAUGCCACAUUCCAGGGGAUGGCGCUAAAUUUGGAAUCGCUCGCCGACGCCAUCGAUAAGUUCGACGUCAGCAUCUUCAGCCUCCUGAGCAAAAUGACGGAGCUCGACCCGCCUGAGGACCAGGGAGCGCAGCCAGCUGAGCCUACUAAGGAGGCCGUGAAGGGUAAGCCGAAGACGGGCAAAAGCGCUUCGGCUGCAGACAAGGCCGCGGCGGCUGCGAAGAAAAUUGGUCAGGCGCUCAGGGCUCGAGCAGUCGUCGGCCAGACCCCCGUCUUCCACUUCGCGGCCAUGGUGUCUGAGUCCAUGCAGACGUGGCUGUCCGACCUGCCCGAAAGCAUCGUGAAGAACGAGGUCCAGGCCUACGACCUCAUGGUCGAGAUCGAGGUGGUCCUCAACAACUGGAGGAAGAAGGAGCUCAUCAUGAGGACCGAGUCGGAGGACGAUACCUUCUCUGAGGUGCUGCACAGCGUCGCCGUGGUCGCGAGGUGCGUCAACGUCGUCGAGUCUGCCAGGCCCCCGACUGCCCAAGUGCGGCAGGCGAGGAGGGUGAUCCUGGACUUGGUGAGGCAGCCGAGCUCCCCAGCUUCGGAGCUCGCGCGCACGAUGCAGGCAUAUCCUGUGGGCAAGGCGCUCAUGGAGGCUAGUCGGCUUCACGUGGCUCAGAGCAUCGAGGACGACACGGCGACAUCUGCAUUCGACCAGGCGUCGAAGAAGUUCGAGCUGAAUUUCGCGGAGUGCUUCGACGGCAUGGUGCAAUGGGUUCAAAAGAUGCGUGAUGAAUCUCAGAAGUCAGGCUAUGCUGUAAUCAACAAUCUGUUUGCCACCCUGGGCGUCUUCUUCACCAGCGCGCACUCGGCGGUCACGAAGUGGUCGGCGGCAUCGGCGCACUCGAACCUCACUUUCUUCGGGGACAACAUCAACAACGCAAUGACCAUACUCAAGGUCGGCAAGUACAUGAUGGUGGACAUCUACGCUGCGAGCCUUGGGAAGCUCGUGCCAGACAUUGGGGAUGCUAUUGUUGCAGUUUAUCAUGGGGUUGAGAUGCCAGGCCCAGCAGCAGGCAGCGCAGAGGGUGCCGAGGGCGGUGGAACCACCGACGCUGCGGAGACGAUCAAGCAAGAUCCGAACGAGAUAAUCGAGAACUUCUCCACGGUUGCUGCGCAGGUGGAGUCCACCCUUGAGACGUUCACGCACACCUUGCACUCCAUGAGCGAGAGGUGGAAAAAGUGCGUGCUUCAGUUGCACAAGCGCGUAGGCGACGCCAUGGACGACCAUAUCCCGAAAGAGUACGUGCUCAAUCCGUGCACCUUCGGAUCGGAGCUCCAGCACACCAGUGGCCAGCUGAAGGACAUGAUAGCCAUCGUGAAGUACUGCGUCGCGCUCGCGCAGGCGAAGCAGCGGCAGCCGCAGACCCAGGACGAGCUCGAGGCGUUCACGGACACCAUCGUGAAGUGCGCGGGCGCGCUGCACUCCGCGCACCAGGCGAUGUUCGACUUUCGGGGGGUCGAGAGCUUAGCGACCAGCAUGGAUAUCGUGCGUGAGGUGUCAGAUCAGUUCAAGCAGUUCGUCGAGACCAGAGGCAUGCGUGUAUACACGGAUUGCGCCGACUGCUUCGUCGACGGGAAGCUCGCGGAGAUAUCCCCAGGCCUCAGCUACACCCUGGGCGACGUCAGCGAGGUCGUCAUGAAGGAGGUCCCUUUCGCCGACGCAUUCGGUAGGCUUUUCGUCGGCUGCGAGCCCAAGGAUCUGCUGCUGGACAGCGUCUAUUGGAUUGACGGAGAAGCGGAGGAUGACACAGCUAUUGGGAAGCUUUCUUACAACAAAGCCUUGUCAGAUUUAGCAUCUUUCAUGGAAGCGGGCAGCCUUGAGUCUAUCCAGAUCCCCAACGCCACUCGCAACGGUCAGGUGGAGCGCAUGCCAGUGAAGAGUGCGAAGGUAUACUUGGACAUGAUUGCGCAGGUCAAGGACGUUGCUGGCUGCGCGGCGAAGGUGCAUUCAGACCUCAAGAAGCUAAAGCCGACCGACGAGGAGGUCUUCGGCGCCCACGUCCACGCGCACCGCAUGAUGCACAGACUGUUGCUUCGUUUGGACGAGCUCUUGAACUCGACGGAGCUCCACGACUUCGAGAAGGCGGGCUGGGUGUGCAGCAUCAACCCUCCGAGCCUCAGGCAGUGGCUCAAGGGGGUCGCAGUCUUUACAGGCCGCGCGAAGCUCACUAUGCUGCAGACGAUGGCGAAUAUAUUGCAGACGCACGUCGACUCAUGCAAGGCCGUGCUCCCAGAUAUCAACUCUGCGAUCGACGGGAACGGAAACUACGUGGAGAAGAUAGCCGUGAAGAUCUUCAGCGACGAGCCCACGGUGGUGGCCGCUUACAACAGGGUGCACAAGACGAUGAGCUGGUUAAUCAGGGCUGCGAGGAUGAUGGACGUGACCCCGCCCGUCGCGGAACACGACGCCACGGCGAAGGCGCGGCAGGUGGUGAGCAUGAUCAAGGGCGCGGAGAUGCUCGGGGAGUUGCGCUUGGCGCCAGACGGCCCACAGCGCGCCCGCGACUACCUCGCGAAGUACCGCAACGAGAAGCACCAGGACGUGCCCGUCGGCUUCUGGAGGGAGUUCGAGUCGGUCGCGGCGGAGAGCCUCGAGGCAGGCGCCGCCGCCGCCUGCGCUAAGGGCGGCGCGGCGGGCAGCGGCAGCAAGAGCGACGAGAAGAGCGCCUGCCAGACGCCCAAGGCCAAGGCUAAGGUGGCGCAGCAGGAGGCCAAGUCCACGGCCAGCAAGCAGAAGCCCCAGCUCGACGUGAAGAUGGAGCCGCAGUCUGAGGUUGGCACGAGCAGCGGCGGCACGAAGCGUGGCGCUUCGGGCCCACCGCAGGCCAACAGCCUGAAGCGCGCGAAGCGCGAUUAG